GAUGAAGAAUUGUUCCAUAGGAAUCUAAACUCUGGACUGGCAGAUAAUGGAUCCUCGCGGGACUGUUGCAUUCGCCACCGUAGGCAGACCUCAAUACGGCUUCGAUAUCUUCUCCGUUCAACUCGCAGCCUUCCCGGACCAACCGUAUUCCGCUAGGCCCACCGAGCGCCGCCUCACGGACGGUGUCUCCGUUAAUUUCAACGGCCAGUUCCUCUACGAAGGUGACGCGCUAGUCUUUGUCUCCGAGCGAUCUGGAUCGUCUCAGAUUUACUUGCAGCCAAAUUCCUCCCAUGUCGGGAAGCUUGAGCAGUUGCUAUCUCCCUCCGACAGCCUCUUUCAUGACCGUCCCUUGAUUAAGAAGGAUGGACGCCUGCUUUAUAUUUCGGCUCACGAACCACCCGCGGAGCCGUUCAAGAGCUGGUCAGCUCUGUACUCCACCGAUCUUCGCCAGAGGAAAAUCACUCGGAAAAUCCACGUGGCCGGGCCGCCGCCGCUGCCGGAAGGAUCAUCUUCUCCUGACUACGAGAUGAAAGACAGGGAGCGGCUGAAUCACGUGUGUUUCAGCUCGGAUGGCGAGUGGCUGCUGUUCACGGCAAACUUGGGUGGACUGACGGCGGAACCCGUGUCGCUGCCCCACCAGUUUCAGCCGUACGGCGACCUAUACAUGGUGAGGCUAGAUGGGACUGCACUGCAGAGGCUGACGCUAAAUGGAUAUGAGAAUGGCACGCCGGCGUGGCACCCCAAGGUGGCGGAUGACUCGGGGCGCAAGAGCGCCGGUCAAAAAUUAAUAGGCCAUUUUGACGAACCUACAUGGAUCACCUUUGACCUCUGAGUGCUUUUUAUUAUGGCUUUAUUACUA